AUGAAUAUCAGAGACUAUGUCAGCAACAAUCAGGAACUGAACAGAUUCAUGGAAGAACAAGAAAAUUCCAAAGUUGACGAACAAUGCAAAAUCUUAGGCGUGACGUGGAAAACUACUACGCACGAAUUCAAAAUACACUUACCAAGAUGUAUAACAGAAACAACAUGGACAAAAAGGAGAGUGCUACAAAAGGUAGCAAGCACUAACGAUCCCUUCGGUUGGAUUUCAGCAGUCGUACUCGUGGGAAAAAUUUUCAUCCAAAAAUUGUGGACACAAAAUAUCAGUUGGGAUGAAUCACUACCGCAACACCUGCUUGAGGAAUGGACACAAAUCAUCGAGUCGUGGACCUUGUCUUCGGUGACCUUUCCACGUUUACUAAUACAAGACAACGCGCCCAAUGCAAAGUACGACAUCCACGUCUUUACCGAUGCGUCACAGUCCGCAUACUCCGCCUCUUCUUACUUACUGGAAAAGAUCAAUGGUCAUCCUGAACGAGCAAUGCUAUUGGUUUCGAAAUCACGACUGGCUUCGAAGAAGCCUUUAAUGACUAUACCAAAACUGGAGCUUUCACGACUGCUCAUCCGCGCCAAUCUGCUCCGCUAUCUGAAACUCCACUUGGACAUCCCAGUAGACCGAUUUUUCCUAUGGUUUUUUUUCCUAGACAGCAGAGUCGCACUCUCAUGGACACAGUCAGAUAAGGAUCUUCCCAUAUUUAUACGUAACCGCGUUCAAACAAUUCGAGAAAAGGCUCAAGAUGCAAUCUUCCGUCACAUACCAGGCUCACAAAACCCUGCAGACGUCGCAAGCCGGGGAUGCACAAUAGACGAACUGAUUUCCAACAAUCUCUGGUGGAAUGGACCCAGUUUCCUCCUCGGAGAAGAAAACACGUGGCCAAACGAGAAGAUUGGCUCAGAUGCCGAAGAACACUCUGCAUCCGCUGUAUGCUGUACUACACAACAAGAGCCAGAAAUUGAACAGACCCAAAUGACAUCAGUAAUGGAAUCUGAAAGAUUCAGCAAGUGGACCUAUAUCCUGAGGACACUCGUCACGAUCCUCACCUUCAUUACCAGACUUUCGACAAAGGCCACUCAACACUUCGGAACUACGAAGAAUGCCUUACGAUCCAAGGCAGAAAUAAUUCUCUUCCGAAUGGCUCAAAUCGAGGACCCACCCUGCAGUGAUCUACAACUUCAACUUACACUCUUCAAGUGCGGACGGACACACUUGUUCAGAGUUCGAACAGGAAUCCAUGAGUCUGCACUACCUCCGGAGACAAAAGAACCUAUUCUACUCCCACAAAGCAACAUCACCGAGCUAUUCAUCCUACACGUCCACGAGCUGAAUCACCAUUGUGGAACAGAACAAACAUUAAUCGAGCUCCGAAAAUUAGUAUGGAUACCCAAAGGAAGGUCAACAGUGAAACGCGUCAUCAACAACCGCUGCUUCCUUUGCAGACGAAAUAAUGCGAAACCAUUCAAGCUACCGGACUUCCCUCCACAUCCAGAUUAUCGCGUCAACAAACCCAACCAUCCCUUCGAAAACUGCGGAAUUGACGUCAUGGGACCAAUAAAGUACAAAUCCAAACAUGGAGAGACCAAAAAAUGCUGGAUCCUACUAAUAACCUGUCUAAACUGCCGUGCCAUCAUAGUCGACAUUAUACGCAGUCUCUCAUCACAUACAUUCCUCCACUGUCUAAGACGCUUCAUUGCCACGAACGGGUGCCCGAAAAGAAUAAUCUGCGACAACGCCCCCGCAUUCAAGACCUUCGCACAAGCACAAUCGGAUGAACCCAUGAACGAGAAAAGACCAGAAGACUUACUGGACUACUGCGCAACCAAGAAAAUCCAAUUCAAGUUCAUACCUGCGUUCAGUCCGUGGCAAGGAGGAGUUUAUGAACGAAUGAUAGGCAUUUUCAAGUCCGCCUUCAUGCAUGCCACAAGAAAUCGGACACUUCUAAUGGACGAUUUACAUACACUAGCAAAGGAAUCGGAAGCCAUUUGCAACUCAAGACCUCUUACAUACGUGAACGACCAAGAAGACUUCUUACCUUUACGUCCAGUUGAUUUCAUACGUCUCACAGUUCGCCUAUCUUCUCCCCGCCUGCUCAAUGAAGACGAUGAAUGGAAGUCACAAUACACAACGAAAGACAAUCUGAUCAAAGACUGGAGGUUCGGACUCCAACAUCUCGAGACCUUUUGA